GGUCCGGAGACUCCUGGCGGCUGUUAACGCGCGUUUUGGGAAGAGGAAGGCUGAAGCUGGAGUGCUGGGGCUGGGAGUCACUCCUGCUGUUCUUUCCAGCUCUUCCUGGUAUUCUUCUCCCAAGCCCCGGUCUUUUACUUGUCCUGCCUGGACCCCUGCUCGAACUCCCCGAGUCUGGGCCUGGCUUCCGCGCUCCAGACCCGGGAAAAACCCCUUCGGAUUGGGCGUCUCCCCUCCCCACGACUGGGAUUUUCACCCCGGCCCCUCUCUCCUGGCCUGUGAUUUCUUCCCCACCCCCCAGCCGCAACUACCCCUUGCCUUCACGUCCACCUGGGACUAUUAUCCCGACUCCACUCUGCCCAGUCUGGUACUCCCAUCUUCCUCUCCCCCGCCCCCUCCCCCAUCCCAGUGCUUUACUCACCUUUGCUUGGCUACUUCCUCUUUGGUCUGCUCUUCGGCCUCGACUAACUGGCGACCAACACUCUCAGAGUUUGGGCCCAAACUCCAGCCUCUAGCUGGAUUCCCUCCAUCCAUCCUCCCUCUUUAAUUAGCCCAUGCUUUCAAUAAGACUGCAACAGUCGUUCUGCGUUCUCAACUGCUGGGUGCCUUUGAUCUUUGGCUGAUGGAUACUUGAUGUUUUAUGCUCCUGAGCCCAGGAUGAGGAAGAGCUUAGCUCCUAGCCAGCUGGCCAAGAGAAAACCGGAAGGCAGAUCUGGUGAUGAUGAAGACUGGCAGCCUGGGACAGUGACUCCCAAGAAACGGAAAUCCAGCAGUGGGACUCAGAGCCAGGAGUGUUUCCUGUCUCCUUUUCGGAAACCUUUGAUUCAACUAACCAGUCGACCACCCUGUUUGGAUAGUAAUCAACAUGAAGCCUUUAUUCGAAACAUUUUGUCAAAGCCUUUCAAAAUCCCCAUUCCAAAUUAUCAAGGUCCUCUGGGCUUUCGGGCAUUGGGCCUCAAAAGGGCUGGGGUCCGCCGGGCCCUCCAUGACCCCUUGGAAGAAGGUGCCUUGGUUUUGUAUGAGCCUCCCCCACUGAGUGCCCAUGACCAGCUGAAGCUUGACAAGGAAAAACUCCCUGUCCAUGUGGUUGUUGAUCCUGUCCUCAGUAAGGUCUUGCGGCCUCAUCAGAGAGAGGGAGUGAAGUUCCUGUGGGAGUGUGUCACCAGUCGGCGCAUCCCCGGCAGCCACGGCUGCAUCAUGGCUGACGAGAUGGGCCUGGGCAAGACGCUGCAGUGCAUCACACUGAUGUGGACGCUUUUGCGCCAGAGUCCAGAGUGCAAACCAGAAAUUGACAAGGCAGUGGUGGUGUCACCCUCCAGCCUAGUGAAGAACUGGUACAAUGAAGUUGGAAAAUGGCUUGGAGGGAGGAUCCAACCUCUGGCCAUUGACGGAGGCUCUAAGGAAGAGAUAGACCAAAAGCUGGAAGUAUUCAUGAACCAGCGUGGAGCCCGAGUGCCUUCUCCCAUUCUCAUCAUUUCCUACGAGACGUUCCGUCUUCAUGUUGGAGUCCUCCAGAAAGGGAGUGUUGGACUGGUCAUAUGUGACGAGGGACACAGACUUAAGAACUCUGAGAAUCAGACAUACCAGGCACUGGACAGCUUGAACACCAGCCGGCGGGUGCUUAUCUCUGGGACCCCCAUCCAGAAUGAUCUCCUUGAGUAUUUCAGCUUGGUACAUUUUGUUAAUUCAGGCAUUCUGGGAACUGCCCAUGAGUUCAAGAAGCAUUUUGAGUUGCCAAUUUUGAAGGGUCGAGAUGCAGCUGCCAGUGAGGUGGACAGACGGCUAGGAGAGGAGCGGCUGCGGGAGCUCACCAGCAUUGUGAAUAGGUGUCUGAUACGGAGGACAUCUGAUAUCCUGUCUAAAUAUCUGCCUGUGAAGAUCGAGCAGGUGGUUUGUUGUAGGCUGACACCCCUUCAGACUGAAUUGUACAAGAGGUUUCUGAGACAAGCCAAGCCAGCCGAAGAGUUGCGUGAGGGCAAAAUGACUAUGUCAUCCCUUUCUUCCAUAACCUUACUAAAGAAGCUUUGUAAUCAUCCAGCUCUAAUCUAUGACAAGUGUGUGGAAGAGGAGGAUGGCUUUGAAGGUGCUUUGGAAAUAUUUCCCCCUGGUUAUAGCUCCAAGGCUCUAGAGCCCCAGCUGUCAGUGACCCGAAGCCGCAGCAGUGACAAAGUAGUGCUGGUGUCCAAUUACACUCAGACACUGGAUCUCUUUGAGAAGCUCUGCCGGGCCCGAAGGUACUUAUAUGUCCGCUUGGAUGGCACAAUGUCCAUUAAGAAGCGAGCCAAGGUCGUGGAGCGCUUUAACAAUCCGUCGAGCCCUGACUUUGUCUUCAUGUUGAGCAGCAAAGCUGGUGGCUGUGGCCUCAAUCUCAUUGGGGCUAACCGACUGGUCAUGUUUGACCCUGACUGGAACCCGGCCAAUGAUGAACAAGCCAUGGCCCGGGUCUGGCGUGACGGUCAAAAGAAGACAUGCUAUAUCUAUCGCCUGCUGUCUGCCGGAACCAUUGAGGAGAAGAUCUUUCAGCGCCAGAGCCACAAGAAGGCACUGAGCAGCUGUGUGGUGGAUGAGGAGCAGGACGUGGAGCGGCACUUCUCUCUGGGCGAGUUGAAGGAGCUGUUUACUCUCGAUGAGGCUAGCCUUAGCGACACUCAUGAAAGGCUGCGCUGCCGCCGCUGUGUCAACAACCACCAGGUCCGGCCACCCCCUGAUGGUUCUGAUUGUACUUCAGACCUGGCUCAGUGGAACCAUAACACUGAUAAGCGGGGGCUCAAGGAUGAGGUACUCCAGGCUGCCUGGGAUGCUGCCUCCACUGCCAUCACAUUCGUCUUCCACCAGCGUUCUCAUGAAGAGCAGCGGGGCCUCCACUGAUAAACCAGUUGGUCUGGGUAUAGCUGUUAGAGGAAGGAGACAGGGAAAAGGGGCUCCUUGCCCCAUAGGACCCUACUGAAUUUUGUUCUCUUGGACAAAAAUCAUCAAGGAGGGCCACGUGAUGUUUGCCCAAAGUUUAUUUUAUAAGAAAAACUUUUUUGGUUAAAAAAAAAGAAAGGAAUAAAGGUAUGAAAGGGA